CUGCCCUGUGCACUUAACAUGAGAGUUGUCGGCCGCUCAGUGAGGUGACGGCUCCUGUCCGAUCCGGACAUCGCGUUCAAGUGCUGCCGGCUGUCUCGCACAUGACAAAGCUGAUUCAUGUCACAGUCGAUCCUCAACACACAUUCCGACAGGAGAAUCACAUUUGUUAGUAAAAGGACGCCAGAUUCGAUCUUCCUGUACCAAAGACAAAUCUGUCCAUCGCCACAGAGGGGCACCGGAUGACCCCCUAAGGGGAGCCACAUGAAUUGGUGAACAUGACCUCGAAUGCUAUCCGUGGGAUCCGCCGCAAGAAGUCUUCGCUGUCGGAGGUGAAGGUGGCUGUGAUCGGCGCCCCAGCAGUGGGCAAGAGCGCACUGACAGUUCGCUUCCUGACUAGACGGUACAUUGGAGAAUAUGAUCAUCAGGCAGAGAACCGCUACAAGCACGAAGUUCUGGUGGAUGGAGAACCUAUCCUCUUCGAGAUACUUGAUACCUGUCCUAAGAGUGAAGAAGACCUGCCAAGUUGUGAAACCCUGCACUGGGCUGAUGGUUUUCUGCUGGUAUAUGCCAUCACUGACAGACGUUCCUUCAACUUUGUGCGACGUGUCAAACAAAUGUUGGGAUGUGAUACACCAUUGGCCCUUGUUGGUAACAAAGGGGACAUGGUGCAUUUACGCCAAGUCAGCACUGAAGAAGGAGAGAUACUGGCAAAGGACUAUGAGUGCUGGUUCAGUGAGGUUGCAGCAGCUGAACAGGUGACACAGGUGGCUGAGGCAUUCCACGAGCUGUGUCGUGAGGUAAUGAGUGUAAGGCGCAAGAACAAGCAAUCGCUUCUUGACCGUAUGCUCGGUACUAAAUCUGCUGGACUCAGGGCCUAUUCAAGAGGGAAAAGUGACAGUGCGCUACCCAAGGAAUAAUAAGAAUCCCAAGCCUGUUGUAUGGGACGUACAUACAUUUUAAAAGACACCAGUCUGACACAAAGGGAAACUGCCCAUGUCAAUUGUCUGCAGUACUUGUGUCACUAUUCCACUAGAAGGUAACAUCCAUUCUUCAUGUGCAAAUUUUCAGUGAAUAUUCCUUUGUUUUCAAUAAGAAGAGUAUCUCCUACUGUACUUGCACAAUUUGAAUUACGUUAAAGAAGAUAACUUCACUUCUUCACCAAUUAAAAAUAUUCCAAACAUGAAACAGGAGCAAAUGGACAGGCCAUGCCAGACCGGCUUCAUGGUCUACAUGAUAUUCUAAUACCCACUUGCUAUAGCACACACUUCAAACUCACAAUGUCUGGAAUACUGAGAAAUUCAGCCAUUAUCUUACAUGCAUGUGACAAUUCAUAAAUGAUUGCCUUUGUUGAACUUCGUGAUCGGAGAUAUUUUAGGUCUUAUUUCUUGAGACUUAAACUUGCACAAUAGCAAUGUUGCCAGUAAUGUAACUCCAGGAAGCAGAAUCCUUAUUCAGGAGUUAACAGUCAUUCAGCUGGCCAAGGAAUUCACUACCUCUCAUGGAGCCUGAAAUUUCAUUACUGUGUUCAUAAGAGCCUGCCAGUGGCCCACGUUCUGGGCUAAAUGAAACUAGUCCCUACCCUCCCAUUAAUUUUGAUAUUAUUCUCCCAACUAUGCCUAUGUUUUCUAAGUGGUUACUUACAUUCAGGUUUUGUGACAAAAAUUUGUAUACAUGUUGCCUGUAGCAAUACAGAGUAAAGUACCAUAAAGACAGAUGAAGUUGAAUCAACAUUAAACAGAGAAGUCAGUUCUUUCUCUGCUGUAGCUACAACAUGGCACCCAAAUUGUGUAAAUAAUUUCAUGUUUAAAAACUUUACCAACUGAACAAAAUUUAAUAGCAUUUGAAAUAAAAGUCUUCUUUUUUAUCUUUCUUACAACAAAAUUGUGAGCUACAGAAGUAAACUGAGAUACACGGAGUCUGCCAAUAUGUACAGUAAUCAUGUGGCUAAGUGGCCUCUGUAGUCUAGAGGUAACGUUCACACCUCAUGAUUUGUAGUACGCGGGUUCAAAUACCCGGCGGAGGUU